AUGCCUCAACCAUCUCACAGCACUGGAACGAUCCCCGACUCUCCGAAUCAUUACUUCCACUACCGCCGAAGUGCAUCUUUCAAGCCUCUUCAACCAAAAUCGCCAACUCCAUUCACUAUGCCAUCACAGGCUGGUGCACUCAAAGCCAAGGCCACCGCAGAGCAUGGCGAGUCUCAAGCGCAAUACCAAGUUCCAGAGGAGAAGCCAAACCCUUCUUUGAAAAUCCCAAGCAAGCAGCGACAGUAG